UGAGGAAUUGAGGAAAAAUGCUGUCAUAACUUACUUUAUUCUCUCUCUUUUGUGACAUAACUGUUUUCACUUUGCUGCGCAUGGUGCACUGUGAGCAGGAUAGUCCAGCCAUGCAGCUGAAUGAGACUGAAGUUCAAACCUCAGCUCCAGAACCUUGUGAGCAGCAUAUUUUACUUGAGGACAAUGCUGGAAACUGCAGCGGGGGACCUACCAGCAACCUGUCGCUGCACUGCUGGUUACAGCUGCUCAGCAGGGACUCUAUCAUGGAAUUUCAGGGGGACAGCUCCAGCUUGGUGGUACGUGUGAUGAUAGCAUGUGUCUACUCUAUAGUCUGUGCACUGGGGCUGGUGGGAAACUCUCUGGCUCUGUAUCUGCUACACUCACGUUAUAGACAGAAGCAGUCAUCUAUUAACUGCUUUGUGAUGGGACUGGCUAUCACUGACCUUCAGUUUGUGCUGACGUUACCUUUCUGGGCGGUGGACACAGCCCUAGACUUCCGCUGGCCGUUUGGACGUGUGAUGUGUAAAAUCAUCAGCUCUGUCACCACCAUGAACAUGUACGCUAGUGUCUUCUUCCUCACAGCCAUGAGCAUGGCACGUUAUUACUCCAUCUCCUCAGCACUGAAGAUGCACAGUAGGAGGGCAGCAGCUACCAGAGCUAAAUGGACGAGCCUGGGGAUCUGGGCUGUGUCUCUGCUGGCCACUUUACCUCAUGCCAUCUACUCCACCAGCGUCCAGGUGUCAGAUGAAGAGCUCUGCCUGGUGCGCUUCCCAGACUCAGGCAGAUGGGAUCCACAACUUCUUCUGGGACUUUACCAGCUGCAAAAAGUCCUACUGGGAUUCCUUAUUCCUCUGAUCAUAAUAUCUGUCUGCUACCUGCUGCUGCUGCGCUUUAUCCUCAGUAGACGCAUCACAGGUGCAGGGGGCCCGGAGGUGGAGCAAAACCGACACAGACGUCGCUCCAAAGUGACCAAAUCUAUCGCCAUUGUGGUUCUGUCCUUCUUCCUAUGCUGGCUUCCCAACCAGGCAUUGACACUGUGGGGGGUGUUCAUAAAGUUUGACCUGGUGCCCUUCAGCAAAGCUUUCUACAACGCACAGGCCUAUGCCUUUCCUCUGACAGUGUGUUUGGCUCACACCAACAGCUGCCUCAACCCUGUGCUGUACUGCCUAAUCCGACAGGAGUUCCGGGCAGGUUUGAAGGAGCUUCUUCUUCAAGCCACACCGUCCUACCUGACUCAUCUGCUGCGCCGCAAGGCCAAAGUGGCCGAGGCACCACCUGUUCUGGUGCUUGUUCAGAUUGAAGUUUGA